GGUUGACACAUCUAAUUCUAAUGGACGAAACAGCCUAGAGACGGAUAAUGGUUUCUUAUCGAGGCGGGCUACGAUGGACGGCAUCAUGGGACGAUACAAUGCACACAGAGACAGCGAGUUUAACCAAGGGGGCAUGCGCAGGAUGAAUGAUCUUGAAAGAGCCCACAACGCUCCGAAUCUCCUUCAACUGAACAGUCAGGCGAUCGAAGCUGGCUACGAAGAUAUCUCGGACCGUAUGGAAUAUGACCCAGAGUGGGGAGGAAGCCUCGGAUACUGGGCAGUUGACAUGGCAUCAGAAGAAGGUUACUCGACACACCAACAGGGUGAAUCGUGCCCCUCUUCUCUAGUCGACAAUUGGCUAGAAUUUAAGGAUUUCGAUGGUGUUUUCAUAUCGUCCGAUAAUGCAUCAUCCCGACACGAGUCAAUUGACUCUAAGCAGUGGCCACCAUUAACCAUCGAAGACGGCGCAGAUGCAACAUAUCGUCGCCCGGGCCCCACUGUAAUGCUUCGCGAGGAACAGUUUUCUACUUCCCAGUCUCAAUCAGAAAAAUCCAUUUUCUCGCUCCGACAAGAAACCGAGCGCUACAAUAGAGGUUACAAUAGAGGUAUUUCAGAACCUGGACAAACCGUUGAACAAGCAAAUCCCACACAUUCGGCAUAUCUUCCCGACUGUUCCGACUGGUUGUGCUCCCAUUGCGGCUUCUUGAACCUCCCGAGACGAACGGCCUGCCUGCAGUGCUGGGAAGAACGUGCAGAACCGCUAGGCGACACAGGUCAUCGCAACCGCCGGGUGACUUUCGCAGAGCCCACGAAAUUCGAGGGCAAACACGCUUCAUCCAUGAAGGGAUACAACGCAGCCAUGGUCGAUGCAUCGCUCAUUCCAGAGCCCCUCAACGUCAAGUCCUGCCUCAAGACAAAGGCUCAUCGAGAGUCUAAACCCGCCGACAAGAGUACCCAGACUGGGAUUCAGGGCUCUGAUGGACCGGCUCCCCAUCAGAAUCAGCAGACCAAUGCCACCAAAGCUAUCACUACGUCUAACGAGGCCGAGCAGACCGCCGACGAUAUCUUCGAGGAAAGACUAAAGAGAAUGGAAGCUAUCGUGGACAAGACCAAAGAGAACAACGAGAGCAUGCAACGCAUGCUAGAGUCGAUGGAGGAAAUAUUGCAACAGAUUUCCGAGAAGCGUAACGCUGAAGACUAAGCUACCAGCCGCACAGGAGGCAAACCACGCUCCUAUUCACAGAUCUGCGAGAUGGGCCGGAUCACAUUUGCGUAUGCGUUACAUGAUUUUGAGGUUGAGAGCUGGAGGAUGAGUAGGAGGAGAUGCUAGGAGACGGGUAGCAAACCAUACGGCAUAGCAGGAAAUGCCAGAAGAAGCCAGUAUAUGGCGAGAUAGCUGGAGCUCAUAUUACGUAAAGGGAAUUCUUCACCCUUUUUCUGGCCUUUUUUGAACAUCUAGUUCAAUUUGUCCGAUCUUGUACAAUAGCACGAUUGAAAAAAAACGAAAACCAAGAUUGAAG